GUUGGUGAGUAGAUGUUGCGGUGGAUUGUGGGUAUGACGUCACCCUUCCGCCAUAUUUGUCCUACACUGCUCGGACGAGUUUGGCGUCAUGAGGGGAAUUCGUUCCUUCAGUAAUCUGUCUAAACGGUGCUAUGCUGCUGCCAGGCCAAGUGAAGCGCUGACUGAGCCCUACGCAGGGCACAAGUCGUCUGCAGUUGCAUUGCCCGUUCCUCAAAAUAUCCAGGUGUCCAAGCUCCCAAACGGUUUGGUGAUAGCGUCUUUGGAGAACUAUUCCCCGCUGUCCAGCGUGGGUGUGUUUGUGAAAGCAGGGAGUCGCUAUGAGACUGUGGAGAACCAGGGUGUUGCACAUGUGCUGCGACUGGCUGCCAACCUAACGACUAAAGGUGUUUCUGCCUUCAAGCUCUGCCGUGGUGUUGAAGCCCUCGGAGGCACUCUGAGUGCUACAUUAUCCCGAGAAACCAUGGUCUACACCGCACGCUGCUUCAGAGAUGACCUAGAUAAUAUAUUGGAGUAUUUGGUCAACGUGACCACGGCGCAGGAGUUCAGGCCCUGGGAAGUGAGUGACCUGACACCCAGGGUGAAUGUGGACAAAGCUCGGGCAAAGCAAUCUCCUCGGAUAGGUGUGAUUGAGAAGUUGCACGAAGCGGCUUACAAGAACGCCCUGUCCAGUUCAUUGUAUUGCCCAGACUACAUGGUCGGCAAAGUCUCUCCUCAGCAACUGCACUCAUUUGUCGAGGACCAUUUCACUACGAGCCGGAUGGCUGUCGUCGGGCUGGGUGUAAAACACUCUGACCUGAAAGAGCUGGGCGAGAGGUUCCUCAGUGUCCGCAGCGGGGCUGGUGCGCCCGUUGUUAAAGCAUCUUACCGUGGAGGUGAGCUUCGUGUUCAGAACAAAGACAACCUGGUUCACGCAGUGGUUGUCAGCGAAGGCGGCGUGGGAGGCAGCACGGAAGCCACUGCAUUUGUCGUGCUGCAAAAGAUCCUGGGAGCUGGACCACAUAUAAAGCGGGGCGCCAACAUCACCAGUAAACUGAGCCAGGGCAUCGCCAAGGCAACUACCCAGCUCUUUGAUGCCUCAGCCUUCAAUGCCUCAUACUCUGACUCAGGUCUUUUCGGCGUCUACACCAUCUCACAACCAAACGCUGCCGGAGACGUGAUCAGAGCGGCUGUCGCUCAAGUGGGAGGAGUGGCCGGGGGCGCCGUGACGGCGGAUGACAUCACCAGAGCAAAGACUCAGGCCAAAGUGGAUUAUCUGAUGUCAACUGAAAGCUCAGACGGCCUGAUGGCAGAGAUGGGCGCUCAGGCCCUGGCGACCGGAACGUACCAGCCACCCGAGACGGUCCUCCAGGCCAUCGACGCCAUCACCCAGGACGAUGUGGUCAAGGCUGCAAGAAAAUUUAUGGACUCCAAGAAGACGAUGGCAGCUAGUGGACAUCUUAUCAAUACACCUUUUGUGGACGAGUUAUGAAAAGCAUUCAUUUACAGUCUGUCCAACUACAGUGAGUGUCAUCACCACAAAAAACAAAAAAAAAAAGGGGGGAGCUGUCCAGUUGAGCUCGGUUUUGCUCUUGUCUGCUUCUGUGAAUAGCUUUGUAAAUUAAACAUGAUGACAGUAAAAC